AUGCUCCAGGAGAAGGAGAUCUGCCUGGCCUUCACUCACCUGUUGGAAUCUGUAUCUGUUGCCUUUUCAGCGGAAAAGUGUAUUUCUUUAAUCCCAACGUGGAAUAAAGCUGAGCUUCUUGCCUAUUUGAAGAAUGUCAGGUUCAAUAACAGUGCUGGAAAUGAAGUCUCGUUCUUAGAAAAUGGACCCAUGUCUGCUCGUUACGAUCUUCUCAACUGGAUUUUCCUCCCCAAUCAAACUUUUGUCCACAUGAAAGUCGGGCAAAUGGAUCCCAGGGUUUCCCAAGGCCAGAAUUUUACCAUCAACUCCAAUGCAAUCAUCUGGGCCAAAAAGAAGGUGCCCUUUGCCAGGUGUGGCAUGAAGAGGUGCCAGGCAGGAGAGAGGAGAAGAGUUCCAGAGGGUGAGCAGGUUUGCUGCUACAAAUGUGACCCUUGUCCAGAAGGCACCAUUUCUAAUCAGACAGAUGCAGCCCGCUGUGACUCCUGCCCAGAAGACCAAUAUCCCAACAUGGACAAGGACCAAUGCAUUGCGAAGAAGAUCCACUUCCUUGCCUAUCAAGACACUCUGGGAUACUCUUUAGCAUCUCUCACUCUUUCUCUCUCUUUGAUCACAUUGGCAGUCCUAGCAAUUUUCCAUAAGCAUCGUGACACACCAAUCGUCAAGGCCAACAAUCGAGAUCUGACAUAUAUCCUCCUGCUCUCCCUCCUGCUCUGUUUCCUCUGCUCUUUCCUCUUCAUUGAUCAACCUGGGAAGUUCACCUGUCUUUUACGGCAAACUGCCUUUGCCAUUCUCUUUUCCCUUGCAGUUUCCUCUGUCUUGGCAAAAACUGUCAUGGUGGUUCUGGCCUUCAUGGCCACCAAGCCAGGAAACAAAACAAGGAAACUCUUAGGAAAACCACUGACCAACUCCAUUGUCAUAGUGUGUCCCCUGGUCCAAGCACUUCUUUGUGCCACCUGGCUGGCAACUUCUCCCCCAUUUCCCAGAUUGGACUUCCAUUCCUUGGUAGGAGAGACAAUCUUGGAAUGUAAUGAAGGCUCUGCUUUAAUGUUUUAUGCUGUCCUUGCCUUCCUGAGUUUUUUGGCCCUUGUCUGUUUCACUGUGGCUUUUUUGGCUAGGAAACUGCCUGACAGCUUUAAUGAAGCCAAGUUCAUUACUUUUAGCAUGCUGGUCUUUUGCAGUGUUUGGAUCACCUUCCUCCCCACCUACCUGAGCACGAAAGGGAAGUCCAUGGUGGCCGUGGAGAUCUUCUCCAUUUUGGCCUCUGGAGCUGCUCUUUUGACUUGUAUUUUUUUCCCCAAAUGCUACAUUAUCCUACUAAGACCCAAUCUGAAUUGUAGGGAAAAUAUGAUAAGAAACAAAAAUCUUUGA